AUGACGACCUUCAAUCCCUACUCGCAGUCACCGCGGCUGUCUGAUCGGGCGUCACCGCGGCUGCAUGCUGGCAACCCCAUGACGCCGGUUCACUCUCCUCACCACUCGGUCACCUCUUCAGUCUCAUCACGGACUCCUGUUCAUACGCUCACUCUUCACGAAUAUCGCAAGCAACAACACACGCCCGGACCUGCGCGAGAGGGGACACCAGGAAAGACUCUUCGCAGGAAGCCUGCAGCGUCUACCUUGAACGAUACUGAUCGCGCUGCUUCGGUGCCACCUUCGACUUGGUCCAACUCUGGCCCGCCCCCGCGCCCUCUUCACUUUUCGCAAUCGGCUCACCAACUCAAAUCGACGCUGUUUUCCUCUCAGCAACAAACGCGACCUGAGCUACCGUUUCGAGCGCAGUCGACCGAGCCUCAUCGCCAAGCAGGUAGCAUAUCAAGCUCAUCAACUCUCAGCUCUUCGAGCAAGGUACGUUACUUCAACCCGAGAAAAAGGUUGCCACGACCGCCUGCCACCACAGGCCUAGUCACAUCCCCUCCCCCUGCCAAAAAACAACCUCCAGCUACACUGAGCGUGUCCACUGAGCGGACAAACUCGAGUGGGGCGCAAACAACACCCUCGACAUUUUCGCUUUCACGGUUCCCGCACCCACCCCACGGGAUUGACCCGUCGCUUUCACCACCCCAAGAUGAAUUAGAGCCGGCCCGCGUAGACCCACCUAGAUUUACGGCCACUUCACCCACGACGCCACCCGCAACUCCCGCAACCAUCCACUAUCGUGGAGCCUCGUUCGACCUCGUGAACCCCCACAAUUCCCUGCUAUUGCACGAUAUCGUUACGCCCUCACGAGACUUUGACUCGAGUGACUACUUUCCUGUGCGAACUUCCGUGGAUGAAUAUUCAGAGAUGGCGCCCAAGCGAGCCAUGUAUGGAGAUUUCCAUGCAGCACAUGCGGGUAUCUUGAGGCGUCCUGGAGAUUCUCCUGGCCAGUCAUAUGAGAAUCUUCCAGCCCCUCCAUCGCCCGCAGCGCUCAGCCCGAUUUCUUCGUCAUACACGUCUCCCAUGUACAGCCCGGAAUCCGUCGACGUACCUUCUCCUCUAUUUGUGAAGACACCCGCACGCGAAUCGCGCUUCUCCCUCAAAGGUCUUACCCGUACAUUGACACAAAAGCUUGGAAAGGCUCCAGAGAAGCCACAAGAGGAGGAGCUAAGGUAUAUGCAUAAUCGCUGUGUGAGCACGGAGACAGUCAGCGUGAACUUGGAAUUUCCACAACGACUUGAUUCGCGUACCCCUGCACCUGAACCGUCAUAUUUCCCGGUCGGCGCAAUGUCUCCUUUCACUCCAACUAGCCCUCUGCCUCACGAGAGCUACCACGCCUUCUCCUCUGGACCAAGCGAGGUCGAGGUCUCUCGAAAUCACCCGGUAGAGCCCUAUGAAACACCACCGCUCGUGUCAAUGGUACCAGAUGACCCUUCUACUCAACUGGGCCGGAUCCACGAUCCACAAUUUCCAUAUUCUGAAGAGAGUAGCCUGGCCAAGCCAUACUACGAUGAUCUGGACUCGAUAUAUCCCAGUUCAUCUAUCUACACUGGAGACGGUCAUCGCAAGUCAAGAUACGAGCAGAGUCUUUCGAGCAAUCGCAACAGCAACCUCAAUCCAUUCGCACGAUAUAGCAGCGCGGGCGCAAGAUACGUUCCGAAUGACCAUCAUUCUGAAAGUCUAUGCGAAUACAACAGCCAGAAGGUGUUCCACGACUUGGCAGAUGAGGCUGAUCCAAAAGCGGACACAAUCAGUAAACUCAUUGACGACUACAACCCGCACAAUGCUGCAGGGACAACUGAGGAAACUGCGACCUCUGAAAGUCUUCCUGUACAUGCGUUGAGUACAUCUUCCGAGGGACCGACUGUUGAUCAACUCGAGUUUGGUAGACACAGAAGCCCGCUGCAAAACACUGAUAAUGGCUUCUCUGGACGACCGAUCGUCGCUCAGUCUUCGGGUUCUCCCCCGUGCGAAGCACCUCCACUGGCGCCAGCUUUCGAGUAUGGUCGACCACCUUUCUUCUCUUCUUCUCCAGAGUUUUCGGGCAUACUCUCCAACGAAUCUGCCUACUCUUACGGAGACACCCAAAAUCUCUUGCAGAUUCCUCGUUCGGGAUUUCUAGUGCCGCCGGCUACGGCGCAGAAUCUAGUGUCUUCAUCAUACUCCCAACCAGAAGUCCAACCGCUUGAGCCAUCGUCGUCGUAUUCGCAGGCAGAGUCUCUUAGUCCCCAUACACCCAAAGAGGCUCUUGAUCAGGCUGAGCGACUGUUUCAAGACACAGUGGACCGACACCAGAGUGACAACAAGAUUCCAGCCAUGUGGUCCAGACGCAGGUCAGGGAGCCAAUUGCUGAAUAAGACAGUCGCAAAUCGAGCUUCAACACAUUCGGGUGGUGACAGAGGUGCCGCAGAAGAGCAAGCAGAUUGGGAGACUGUCGGUGGUAACAGUAGAAACUCGAAAGGUCACGAGUCGCUUGACAGCAUCGCGGACUAUAGUAGCAGUGAAGGGACACGAGACAGCCUCGGGUUGAACUCGGACGGUUCCCUUCCGUAUUGGGCAAAACAGAGUCAGUCGCCAGGACGAGCAAGCUACUAUAGCCAUCCCAGUCCUCUCCCGACUGAGCAUUCUCAUCCCUUCAAAUCGUCGCCACCAGAACUGAAACCCCGCUCCAGUGCUCGCAUUGCACACGGGACAUCAUCAUCCCAGCUAGCAGCCAAAACAUCUGACUCCGAAGCCACACCAGAAGCUCAUAACUCUACUCAUUACGAAAAAGCCCUCGGACGUGGUGCCGUGGACCAGCCGUACGCUUUUGCUCCGUGGGCAGAUCCUUAUGCCUUUAGCGAUAAGGAGACGCAAGAACUGCUGGCAUCUGGUCCUAAUGAUAACAUCAUUAUCGACGAGCAACCAGCGGUGCAAGAUCGUCAGUCUCGCGUGCAUCAGCGUCAUCAAAACGAUGAUACGACGCCGACGUCAAGCUCCCAGGACAAGGGAGUCUUUUCAAGCAGCCCUGUUGGCCUAGAACGCCAAAACACAUUUGAGAAGGUUUCUGUCGUUGGUCCAAAAGGCAACCUAACUGGCACGCCCCGAGGAACGGGUAUGAAAGAGACAGGCAGCAGCGUUGCAGAUACCAGUAGCCCUGGAGUGAGGCUGAGCUCGAGCGUUGGUCGACAGAGCUUCCGUUCAGACUACCCAGGGUUUUAUGCAUCGCCAUUCCCAGCUACCGGCAGCGUGACUCGAAUCAGUCAGCCUCCCAACCGGUCUAAGAGUGGCCGAAGGUCCUCUGAGACGGCCCUGUUCCCAACUUCCAAGGCAUUGAAGCAAGUACGCGAGGCGUCGUCGGUCGCCGGCUCUCGUCAAGACCUCCGCAACUCGACGACCUUUGUACGAAGCCAGCGCCGUACGAGCCGAUCCGCUGUCCCAGGGCAGACUAAACUUCGACACAUGUUUCUUGCACCUGAUGCUCGCUCAACUACAUCUUCGCAAGCCACGCAUAUCACGCACUUCAUGGAGGGUGGCGGCCGACCAUCGACCAGUGACACCAACACGCCUCUCCGCAGUUCGUAUCCCAGCCUAGACAUGUAUCCGGCGCCGACGCGCAGCACGAUUGCGCAAAAGCACUCGCCGCACCUACUCUGCGUGGAGCGCAAAGCCAACCCCGAAGACGAGGCACAGAGACGCAAACUUUCAUGGCGCAUCUUCGCAGCCUUCUGCCUGCUUCCACCAUGCAUCAUUCUCUUCCGCUUCCUGGGCGACAACAUCAUUGCGUCCAUGACAGAAGGCCGGCUCGGCCACUGCACGCCAGAGUCCAAGCGCAUGUCGCUUAUUGCCGGAAUCGCUGUUAAUGUUGGCCUUGUCGCGGCAAUAAUCGUGCCUGUUUUGGUGCUGCAUGCCUUGGGGAAUGCCUGA